AUGACGCCUGACCAAGUCUUUCACGCUAGAGAUUUAGUGAACCGUCACUAUGGCUACUCGUUGAACAUGGUUGGAGAUGCAUCAGAUUUUCUCAUGGGAAUAAGCAAUGUGAAGAUCCUCUACUUAUCCUCUCAGGCUCUUGAGGUACUUAUCUUCUGCUGUAAAGCAAUACCGGUCUUCAACAACGUGACUCAUCUAACAAUUGAGACUGAUCAAGAAGUGGAAUGGGAAGCACUGCCGAGUCUACUCAAGAACUGUCCAAAUCUUGAAACACUCGUCUUAGAAGGACUCCAUUACGGAGAUACGAAUCAGUGUAUGGACGAUGAUUACAAGUUCAAAGAUACGAACAAGUGUUACGAGACUGGUGCGGACAGGUGUUCGUGCAAGCCUUGGUAUGGCGUUCCUCUUUGGCUAACGUCAAGUCCAGUGAGGACGAUCAAGGUGUUGAAGUUUGGAGGAUUCACUAGUCACGUCGAUGACAUGGAGAAGCAGAUGGAUCUGAUCAAGCACUUGGUGGAAACCAUGGGGAAUCUUGAACAAGUGGUGAUAUACUAUGAUACUCCCAUAGACGGUGAUCUGAGUACUGUGUCAACCGCGUUUCAUAUGCUUGAUAAAGUAGCCUCGGCCAAAUGCAAGAUCCAGGUCAUCUCUGAUAACAUCAGCUUCUCAAGUACUGUGCACUCUUCUUCCUCGUCUACAAGUGGGCUCGUCUUCUUUGAGACCACAUUCCCGGUUUGA